UGAGCAGAAAACACCUGUCAGAGGUGCGCUGUGUCUGCUGGAGCUGAGUCUCGUCAGAGAAGACCAUCAGUCUGACAGGAAUCUACGACUUUUUGAAGUCAGAAAACAAAGGAUUGAUCUGGAGGCACCAUGGCUGACAGGAAGUGCUGUGGUGUUUCUGCCGUUAAGCUGACGCUGAGCAUCCUCCUCUUUCUCGUGACGGCUGCAUGCGUGGCGCUAAUUGUUGUGUUAGUCACCAGAACAACAGACACCGAGCCGGAGCCUCAGAGCAAAACGUACCUGAUUGGAGUGGGCCGAGCCGACUGCACCGGCUCAGCAGCUGAAAUCCCCAUGAUGGGUUAUGCAAACUCCCAGCAGAAAGCUGCAGGAAUUCACACACGUCUGUUCAGCCGAGCUUUUAUCGUUGAUGACGGAAACCAGAGAGUUCUAUUUGUCACCGCCGACAUAGGAAUGAUUUCCCAAAGACUUCGGCUAGAGGUUCUCAAGGCUCUGCAGGAAAAGUACGGAGACCUUUACAGGCGGGAAAAUGUUGUUAUGAGUGGGACUCACACUCACUGUGGUCCAGGUGGGUAUUUCCAGUACACGCUGUUUAUGAUCACCGGUAACGGCUACGUCAAAGAGUCCACAGAGCCGCUGGUCAAUGGCAUCGUCAAGAGUAUAGACAUAGCCCAUCGUAACAUGAGGCCUGGCAGGAUUUAUGUGAACAAAGGAGAGCUGGUUGACAGCAGUCUGAACAGGAGUCCUCACUCCUACAUGAACAACCCAGAAGACGAGCGCAAAAGGUAUGAGAAAAACACGGAUAAGCAGGUGGUGGUGCUGAAGUUUACAGAUUUGGAUGGAGAUGGGAUUGGAAUGAUCAGCUGGUUUGCCGUCCAUGCGGUAAGCAUGAACUUUACCAACCGCAUGGUGAGCAGUGACAACAUGGGGUAUGCUUCCUACUUGCUGGAACAGGACAAAAACUUUGGGGAACUCCCUGGACAGGGAAGUUUUGUGGCUGGAUUCUCCUCCAGUAACCUUGGUGACGUCAGUCCAAACACCAGAGGACCUCACUGUAUGAACACCGGCCUUCUCUGUGACUAUCUGAACAGCUCCUGUCCCGUUGGAGGGACUAAGAUGUGUAAAGCAUUUGGACCUGGAGAAGACAUGUUUGAGAGCACCAGAAUUAUUGGACACAACAUCUUCAUGAAAGCUAAGGAGCUGUAUGCAAAUGCAGUUCAUGAGGUGACUGGCUCUGUUCAGUUUGCUCACCAGUGGGUCAAUAUGACUGAUGUGACUGUUCAGCUCAAUGACACACACACAGGCAGGACAUGUAAACCGGCACUGGGUCACAGUUUUGCUGCAGGAACAACUGAUGGAGGCGGAGAUUUAAACUUUACUCAGGGCGCUGUGGAAGGAGACCCCUUCUGGGACGGAAUCAGAGAUGCACUUUUGGGCCCCCCUUCCAAUCAGACGAAGGAUUGCCAUCAUCCCAAACCAAUUCUGUUCAGCACAGGAGAGAUGAACUGGCCUUUGCCUUGGCAUCCUUCAAUUGUUGACGUUCAGAUCAUCACUAUCGGUUCAGUAGCCGUUUUGGCUAUUCCUGGAGAAAUGACUACCAUGGCGGGAAGGAGGCUUAGAGCAGCCGUGAAAAAGGAACUGGAGGCUGCUGAGAAGUUCAAAAACGCAGAAGUGGUGAUUGCCGGACUCAGCAAUGUGUACACUCACUACAUUACUACGUUUGAGGAGUACCAGAUUCAACGUUAUGAAGGAGCCUCCACCAUCUUUGGUCCUCACACCUUUGCUGCCUACCUGCAGAAAUUCACCAACUUAGCCAGAGCCAUUGCUCAGGACAAGGUGUCAGAGCUGCCAGUUGGUCCUGAACCACCCUUCUUUACAAACCUGUUCAACCUAAUGGCUGCAGCAGCUUAUGAUGCAAAACCAGAAAAUACCAGCUUUGGAGACGUCCUUGAUCAGGUCAACAGCAUUUACAGACAGGGCGAUGUUGUUUCAGUUACCUUUGUAGCAGGAAACCCCAGACACUCUGGAGACAUCAGAGAUAAAACAUUUGUUACAGUAGAGAUGUAUGACAACCUGACAGACAGUUGGGGGGUGGUCCACAAUGAUGCAUCAUGGGAAACCAGGUUUCAUUGGCUGAAAGGUUCAAACCGUCGAAGUAAUGCUACAGUGGAAUGGCACAUUCCCUCAUCUGCCCCAAGUGGUCUUUACAGGAUCAGACAUUUUGGACACUACAAACAGCUGCAAGGCUUGCAGACCAUCAUCACACCGUAUGAAGGCUCCUCUGACAUCUUCAGAGUUGUUUCCAGCUUCUACCAUCAGUGAUUCGUCAAGACUGAGGAACACGUCACUUUUGUUCAGAACCGGCCUGAUGGAGUUUCUUGAUGUGCCUUGAAGUUGUAAAAGCAACUCAUUUGUCAAAAAAGCACAAAUAUAUGUUAUAGGACUUCAAAAUGGAGUCCAUUAAAGUGUCCAUUAAAAUAGUUUGCAUUUACAAUGAUGUGUAGGAA